GACCUCCAAUCACGACCCGAGGCGGCAACAGGUGCCCAAUGGAAUCGCUCGGGGGCGGGGUUGGCAGCCGGAUGGUGAUAUAAGUUUGCCCGGAAGCGCAGUUCGGUGACGAAAGUCUAUCGAGUGAUGCUCAGAGGCAGUGAAAGUGGCACGAGAGGUUUUUGAAAAGUUUGUUUUCUUCCGGAGAUUCCUCAUUUUGAAAACCCGUCAUUCUGGGGAUCUGUUUUCGACUGUGGAGACACACUUUAAACAUUUUUGGCAGCACCGACCCUUCCGUUUCUAUGAUUCAACAUGUUCGGAUCCAACGGGCCCUGUUCCCCAACGGACUAUGUUCCACAAUUCACAAGCAUCUUGGAACCCAUCUAUUUUCCAUCCGUGAGGGAUAAUCCUCCACCAGUACAACCUCUUUCCUUUGACUCGGACCCCGACUGCCAAAGCUCAGCACCACCUACUCCAGAUGUCAUUUCUGGAAUCAUAAGUCUUACUGGUGGACCUUGUCCGUCCGAAAUAUCGAGCGGGUCUUUUGGAGAUUUGACAUCGCCAGAAGAAUAUCAUUCCACGUCUUCCCCACCUUCAUAUCCAGUAGAUGUAUCUAGGGUCCAGGCUACGAGGUCCAAGCUAAUCAAGGAAGGACUGAAGCUGACUAUUCAGUCCAGAAGAAUGGUGCAUGGAUUAGACAAUAUCCGACCAGAAUAUAAACCACCGCAACGUGAAGAGUUGACAAAAGAAGAUGAAGAAAGACGACGCAGACGUAGAGAAAGGAAUAAAGUUGCAGCUACCAAAUGCCGCAACAAAAAGAAAGAAAGAACAGGACGUUUAGCCCAGGAAUCUGAAACCUUAGAAGUGAACAACAAUGCUUUGAAAAGUGAGAUACACUCCUUAGAAGCUGAAAAAAAAGAACUCAUAGACCUGUUGCAAGGCCAUCUUCCCCACUGUGCAAUGCAGCCACAUUCACGAGGUUACUUCAUUCGUCCCGAUCAUAUGCCAGGAAGCCAUUCGCCAUCUUGGUCUUCCGUUUUGGGCUGAGAGAGACAGAAUGCCCUUAGAAUAUUGCUAAAGUUCAUUGUCCUGUUAAUGUCUGCUGGAAACAAAUGGGUUGUGGUUUGUUUUUUUGGAUGCAGACACCGGCUCAGGGCAAAUGCGACGUUCUCUGUCCAUUCGGUAGCUGGAACACGCGAUACUUGCGCCAUAGUGGAUGUUUUCCUAUGAAAGGUUUCAUCCAGAGCAUAUGAUGAUUGUUCAGUCAAGAGUAUAUCAGCAAAACUAAGUCCAAAGUUUAACAGCAAAGUGCUGUCGAGAGUAUACGAAAGAGCAAACUGAAAAGAACAGAGAGCCAUUGAGAAAGCGAGAAGUUUCAGACACGUGUAAGACCAAAGUAUGAGUUCGAAUCACCAGACUCUCUUCCAAACAUGAUAAAAUAUUUCUAAACUUUUUUUUUCCUUUUUUACAGUUCCACUCUACCAUAAUUAUUUUAGGCCUAUAAUAAUCAAGUAUGUUUAGUAAUGCUCUAUCUUAUUGGAACUACAAUUCACUGACAACUAUAAUAUUUGAAGAUAACAUAUUUUAACCGUUCUGCAUUCCUUCAUGAGAGCUAGAAACAAAAUGCAUCUUAAAAUUGUAUUGAAUGCUGUUUCAAGAGUCGUUGAGACA